AAUUUGUAACUAUAAUCAAUGAUGAUCAACAUCAUUUAGUUGAUGUAUAAAUAAUUAUCCCAACUGACUUAAUGUAAAAGAUCAGUGGGGCCAUUAGCUUAACAUAGAGGAUAGGAGAGCCAGGGGAAAAUUCUAAUUCGUAAACAAAAUCACUUACAAUGGAAACAUUUACUUAACAGUUGUCUGAACUAAGAACCGAGAUCAAGUGAUUAAGGACCAUCAGAGCAAACACUGGUGUCCCUCUGCAUUCUUUGAGCCAAUCUUGUGCUCUCAAGUUACCUAUCUGGUCUAUAAGGUAAGAAUGCCAUGACAUUACACUGAAUAAUAUAUUGGAGUUUAACUUAUUCAAGAAAAGUGUGGUAACAAUUUGCACACACAAAAUCUUAGUAAAUUUAAGUAAGCAUAUUUUAAACAAUGUAUGCAAAUUUAACUAGCAACUUACUUGAUUUAUAAGUACAUUUUACUCAAGUUUUAGUUAAAUUAACUACAUAAACAUAAACUUUAAGAAAUACACAUCAUCUAAACAUUAUUAUUAUUAUUGCUUGAUGGUCACGAACACUUUUAAUAGUUCUAACCACAAGUAGAACACCAAUGAAUAAAUGCAGCCACAUCAACCUUUAUAAAGACUAAACUGGCAAAACCUCAGAUGAUUAAUGAAGUAAGUUGUGUGUAUGCGCACACCAUAUGCCUGACUGAGAAACACAAAGAGGGUAAACCAAGAAAACUUUAUGUUUUAUAAUACAAUAGACUUUGGCAUUAAAGCUGUCACAAAACAAGAAAACAACCCAUGUUCAAAAUUAAGUUCUGUGAACACAUGUAAAUCCAGCUGAAAAACCAUAAACCAACAAGUAAACGUUGUUAUUUUUUUUUCUAGUUUUGUGAGCACUUGCCAAAUAGUAGUACCCAGUAAAAUAAGUAAAAUUAAAAAACAAAAACAAAAAACAUACACGUUGGGUUUUUAGCUUAGUAUUCAAAAGAAUUUUCAGAACUUAAAGCAUUUAAGUAAUUCUAAAUUUACAAUUUUUUGUAAAAAUCAUAGGUUUGUUCUUGAAAUAUUUACUGAAUCACUGAAUCAUUUAUUUUUUCAGUGUACGCAUUGUGCUAUACACUAAUAUAAUAAAAUGUAUUAGGAAGUUCUUUUUUUUUCUUUUUUGAAUAGAAAGUCAAGAACACAUGCAUAUUGUGCACAAAUGUGUUUGUCUACUCUGUUUUCCUUUCCCCUUAAAAGUGAUACUGUACGUGAGCAAAAAAAGAAAAGAAAAAAAAAAGAACAAAAGCAGUUGCAAACUGUUGCAAAAAUUGCCAUAAAAACGGGCAUAUACAUAGAAAAUAUUCUAUGGGAGAUAAUUUACUGUUACCAAAAGUGAUGUGAUUAACUUGUACACAAUAUUUCGACUAUGUACAAUAAUUUCUGUAGAAUUAACUGAAGCAUUUUUCUUAAUUUCUUAAAUUUGUAUUUCUUAAUUUCUUUCAUUUGUUCUACCAGCUAACUGCCGAACACAAGACAUUCAAUCAUUAAUAAUGACAAUGCAAGCAGAACAGAAAAGCCUCUUUUUUGUCACCUGGAACACAAACGGUAUUAGAGAUACCAGGAUGUUACCACAAAAGUUCUCAAACAUUUUUAAGAGCCUUAGUGACCUUCAGGCUGAUAUUGUCUUUAUACAAGAGACACAUGUUGGGACAGACUGUUACAACAUCUUAGAAGAUGUUCCAGGCUGGAAAGUCUUCUUCACUGUACACAACUCUCGCAGUAAAGGAGUCGCAAUACUGAUAAGAGACAAAGUACCAUUUGAGUACAUAUGCCAUGAUGAGGACUACAGUGGUGGCUACAUUGUGCUCUUCUGUCAUCUGUAUGGUGAACUGUACACUCUUGUUAACAUGUACAAUCAUAAGGCAGACAGAGAUAUCUUAAAUAGUUUAAAAGACUAUUUGAUGGAAACAGCUGAGGGUGUGCUAGUGGUUGGAGGUGAUUUCAACACAGUUUUGCAUCCUAGCUUUGAUCGGAGAUCUUUAAGUUCUCAUGCAAGACAUUCACCAUUCAGAGCUUUUUUAGAAGAUUUUACUGUUUCUCUCAAUCUCAGAGACACCUGGUCAUACAAACACUCUACUGAUGAGGUCAUUACACGGCGUCAGAAAGAACAGACAGCGUCCAGAAUAGACAUGUUUUUCCUGCCAGAGCACAAAUUGGGACUUGUGUGUAAUAUUGAUGUAGCUGAAGCACAGGGUGUUUCUGAUCAUUAUCCUCUUGUACUAGAACUCACAGUUCAGCACAGAACUGAAACAAUCCUCCCAAAUGUUGCCUUACGGCUGCCGAAGCCUUUUAAAUACACACCUGAUAGAACACCAGGGAAGAUUAGUGGGGCAGAAAUACUGAGUACCAUUAAAUCUUUGACUGACUUAGAAGAGCACUCACUUGAUAUGGAGCAUGUGAAGUCAUAUAAAGAGCAACGCUGUCAACUGACUGAGACCUUAAAAUACAAAUACAAUUCAAUGAUAGAGAAUAAAGAGGUAGGAGAGAGAAACACCUUUGAGCAUUUGAUAUUCUCUCAAAUUUUGGCAAAGCGUCUCAAUGCAUCCAUUUCACCUUCUUUCAAGGGAAAGAUAGUGACAAAUCUUGAUACAUUUUCCACUGUGAAAUUUGAGACAGGCCCACAGACAAUCAAGUGGUCUUUCCUUGAAAGAAAACUUAAGAAGCUACAAACUAGGGUGAAGAAGCCACAACCUAGGGUGAAGAAAACAAAAAGGAGGCCUUCUGCCCCCCCACCAGAGUUCAGCAUUCUGGAACGUUUUCUGGAUUGCCUUCUUCCUAAAGACCAAAUCUCUUCUGAACUCAGACUUUUGGAGCCUGGGUGUCCACUCACAAAUGCUAUCUUCAAUCUGGCUCUGAAUGAACUAGAAGCCAUAGUUGUACGUAAUUUAUGUAAGGGAACUGUUUGCUAUCAAAGACAGGUUCUGCGUGUACAUACACCACCAAUCACAUCUGAUUUUGUGGAUAUUUUCAUAAACAAUUUCAAGGAGCAGUCAGGACUUAAAAUACGUAUCUUACAACAUCCAGACUAA